CCGGGCUGGCGCCUCCCGCAGCCCGCCGGCGGCUGCUGCCUAUUUUAGUCACAUCGGCGGCGGGGGGCCGCGGCGGGACUCGGGGCCGGGCGGGGGCUGCCGGCACCGGGAGCCGCGAGGAGCGGAGCGACCGCACCGUCCCGUCCGUCACGCACCGUCCAUUCAGCCGGGAAACUUUGCCGAAGGCGCCCGGCAGGGGGCACGGGGACAGAUCAGAUAAAACUACAGAAUGACAUGGCUAAAGUCAAGACAGCGCAUGAACUGAUGAGAAACAGCAUUGCCUUCUGAGAACGUUAGCUUCCUAUUUUCUGGAAAUCCUAAGUGCGACUUUACUACCAAAAGAGACCCUGCUAUUACGUGAUCAUUGAACAGUUUGCAAGAAUGGAAAAGCAAAGGACUCCACUGGCUGUAUCACAUCAAUAACAAUAUCAAAAAUUCGGCUGAAUCAAAAAAUGAGUCCAGCCAUGGGCGAAAAUGCAAGUUUUUGGGAGAGCUUGAUAUAUGCGCAUCCUACGUGUGUCACCUGGAAGCAAGAGGCAGAGGGUUCUAUCUACCACCUAGCUAGUAUUCUCUUUGUUGUUGGCUUCAUGGGUGGAAGUGGAUUCUUUGGGCUUCUCUAUGUCUUCAGUUUGCUUGGAUUAGGCUUCCUCUGUUCUUCUGUUUGGGCUUGGCUGGAUGUCUGUGCUGCUGAUAUAUUCUCCUGGAAUUUUAUACUGUUUGCUAUAUGCUUUGUACAAUUCAUUUAUGUUACCUACCAAGUUCGGAGUGUUUCCUUUGACAAAGAAUUCCAGGAGCUCUACAGUGCUCUCUUCCAGCCUCUAGGAAUUUCCUUAACUGUCUACAGGAAGAUUGUUUUGUGCUGUGAUGCUGAAGUGGUUACCCUGGAGAAGGAGCACUGUUAUGCUAUGCAGGGCAAAACACCUAUUGACAAACUGUCUUUGCUUGUAUCAGGCAGGAUCAGAGUGACGGUUGAUGGGGAGUUUCUGCAUUAUAUUUUUCCUCUUCAAUUUCUGGAUUCUCCUGAAUGGGAUUCACUGAGACCCACAGAAGAGGGAAUUUUCCAGGUAACGCUUACAGCAGAGACAGAUUGUCGGUAUGUGGCCUGGAGGAGAAAGAAGCUGUACUUGCUGUUUGCUAAGCAUCGUUUCAUCUCACGCCUGUUCUCAAUUUUAAUCGGGAGCGACAUCGCCGAAAAACUGUACGCCCUGAAUGACAGGUGCACGUGGGGAAGGGCUUUAGGAUUCUUCAAGAUGGACACUACAGCAGUCAGCCCACUCACUCCACUAGGCGUUAUUCCAGACUUAAAAAAUGCCACUUCUGUGCCUUUCAAUGAGACUGCAUGUGAAAACUGGAAGGAGAUCCAUCAUCUUGUUUUCCACGUGGCAAAUAUUUGUUUUGCAGCUGGCCUGGUUAUUCCGACUACUCUGAACCUUCAUAUGAUUUUUCUGCGAGGUUUGCUCUCCAUAGGAUGUGCAUUGUUCAUCAUUUGGGCUACACUCUACCGUUGUGCCUUGGACAUAAUGAUCUGGAAUUCUGUGUUUUUGGUGGUCAACCUUCUACACUUCAUAUACCUAGUGUAUAAAAGAAGACCGAUCAAGAUAGAGAAGGAGCUCAGCAGCCUGUACAAGAGAAUGUUUGAACCACUCCAUGUGCCUCCAGAGCUAUUCCAAAGAUUAACUGGGCAAUUCUGCAACAUUCAGACUUUGAAGGCAGGUCAAGCUUAUGCUGCAGAGGAUAAAACAUCAGUUGAUGACAGGCUAAGCAUCCUGCUGAAGGGGAAAAUGAAGGUUUCCUAUCGAGGGCAUUUUCUGCAUAAUAUUUACCCCUGUGCCUUUAUAGAUUCACCUGAAUUUCGAUCAACUCAGAUGAACCGGGGUGAAAAAUUCCAGGUCACCAUUAUUGCAGAUGAUAAUUGCAAGUUCCUUUGCUGGUCCAGAGAAAGACUGACAUACUUUCUGGAAACUGAGCCAUUUCUUUAUGAGAUCUUUAAGUAUCUUAUUGGCAAAGAUAUUACAAAUAAACUCUAUUCAUUGAAUGACCCGACCUUAAAUGACAAGGCCUCAAAAAAGAUUGAUCGACAGCCAAGUCUUUGCUCACAGCUCUCUGUGAUGCAGAUGAGGAACAGUAUGGCCAGUACCAGUGACAGUGAGGAUGGCUUGCAGAUGUUUCUUCGCGGGACUUCCUCUUCAUCUUCUCUUCUGACAGGUCCAGCGGCACCUCCCCUAGUCGCCUCAUCGAUCGCUCCUGCAAGAAAAUUGUCUGCUACAGUCUCCAGAAACCUCCUGGCCUGCUCGUGCCUGGCACUGCUGCCACCAGACGUGGGCAGUCAGAGCUCCCAAGCAUCCAGGCCUUCAACUGGGACGACAUCCAGCUAUCUGAAGAAGGCUUCCAUCUACUUGCUCUUCUUGUUCAGGAAGCAGAUACCUGCUGUGAAGUUGCCUGUGUUGGUCUGUUCUCUGAUCUUUACCCAUAAGCUCUCAGCUGGCUUUUCACCUGUUUCAAGGCAGAUCUCCAUGCACUGAAGCCAGUUCUUUGCAUAGAAGGCACAUAAACAAAUUGGCACUCUCAGAAGCCUGAAAGAAGUUGUAAAUGUGUAUUUGUACAAUUAGCCGGAUUUAAAAUUCUCUUUCAGGCCUAGAAGCAGAACGCUUACACCAGUAUUUCAGCUUUGGGAGAAAGUAAUCUAAAUGCUUGACAUUUCCACCUGUAAUUACAUUAAUUCCUGAGAUGCACCCGUUCUUAGCAAAUACUUGUUAAAAACACUUUUCUGUUGUAUGGGUUUGUGUAUCGUAUUUUUUCUGGUGCGUGGUGCGUGCUUUCCUCAAGAGAGAGAUGGAAAUUUCUUAGAUGCUCUGAGAACAACAGCUGGCUGUGCCACUGCCACAUCACUGGCAACAAGAGGUGAUAGCAGCCUCUGGAGUACAAUGUUUCUCUUAUGUCUGGGGAGGCAGGGGGGGUUACUCAUAGUGCAGUGUAGAAGUACACCUCAGGAAAUGCUAUCAGUUGUUCUUUGCAUUUUGAUUAAUGUGGAAUUUUGACUCCUGCAGUUGAUAAAAGAUGUUUUGCCUGACUAAAUCAUAACGCUUUAUUUUAUUCUUUUUGCCAAAAUAACUUGUCAGUUUGUUUUUCUUGUGUAAUGCUGCUGCCCAAUGAUGGGUUUGCUACCAAGGUGAGCUCUGUCUGAAGAGCUGUACUGCCUUUGUGCUGUGGCCAUGUACAUACUUUCUCUCAGAUCGCAGAGAAAGAUGAAGGAAAAAGCUGCCAUUUACCUUUCUGCUGUUCUGUGUUCAAAAACCUUCAGUGCUGUCACACAGCACAGUCAGUCUUUUUUUCAUGUGUGUUCUUUAGUUUUCAGUGUGAGGUACAUACAGAGGGCCCAGUGCUGUUCCCCUGAAUUCUCCUGCAAUCAUGCACUAAUUUCUUAAGAACAAACAAACAAAAAUAUUCAGUGAGGAACAUAUGGAAAUAACAGCUGUAUUUCUUUUAGAAGAAGCAACAGAUGAAAGAAAUGCAGCAUACAGAAGUUCUGCACAGUUUCUGUCUUGUCGUUGCUGGAUGAUCAAGUGUGUGGACAGAAGCUUCCCUUUACAGAUAUGAUAUAUGACUACUACAACUAAAACAGAUUUUAUUCUCUUAAUUUCCAUGUUCUUGACAACAUGAACACUUAUUAUUUUGUAUAAUCCAAAGAAUUAUGCUUUUAGCUGUUCUGAAGAUUACCAACUCAUUUCAUAAAGAAAACUGAUGUAAGGCUAAGUUCAGAGUGCUUAGCAAUGAAAGAUUGAAAAAUUCUAAGUAAUUGGCCACAUACUACAAUUACUAACAAAACUGUGUUUUAAAUGUAAUUAAGAAACCCGACUAACUGUUUGCUUUUAU